CGUGGAGCAGCUGAGCUCCUGUCACUGAGAAUGGCUCGGAGAGGCGUGAACGUCGCGGGAGCCAUCUGUCCGCCGCGGCGCGUGCAGCUGCCGGUGACGUUCGGCCGGUGGCCCCUUUAAGAAACUCCAUGUUUUCGCUACAUGAUGCGUCAACGUAGAAAGCGGAUGAUGCUGUUAUGUAAAAACACGCCGAAGUGAGCAGGACUUCACGGGGGGAAGAGAGAGCUGUCGACUGCUGAGCCCGCGUUUGUGACGCUACUGCGGGACUGCAAAGUGUGUCGAAGGGGGGGUUAUUUAUUUAUUUAUUUGGUUGUUUAUUUGGACUUUGUGGGGACGGGAAGGGAAAAAAACUCAACAUGACUCGACCUCCGCACCGUUUUCCUCCUUCGCUUGAGGGAAGCGUACACCUGACGCAUCUCCUCCUCGCCAGCUGGAACUAAUCUACAUUUUGUUUAAUUUUUUAAAAAAAACAUCUACUCAUCUGGGCUGUUUUUCUUCUCCGCGAGGUGUGUUUAUGGAGGAAGGUGAUGAUCCAUGACGAUCCUCUCUAAAAGCUCUGUCUGAGCUGAAGCGCAUCCGGACCCCUUGGAUGACGAUCUUUUAGCAGAUCUGCUCGCUGAUGCCGAGACCAUGGUGAAAGCUCAGCGGAUCCAAUCAGUGGCGUGCAGGAAGCCACCGAAGGUGAAAGGAGGCAAGGAAAAGAAGGUCGGCAACGAUGGAGGCGCAAGGGGGACGAGUGAAACGAGUGGGAAGAAAAAGAGAGACAAGAAAGACUUGCUCCGCCAUAGAAGGAAGACGGCUGUCGGAGGGAAAGGAGACGCCUUAGCCUGCUGUGUCCUCCUCACUCGCCUGGAGGACAAAAGAGUUGUCGGGAAAGACAAGAAUGCACCAAAAGCUAAAAAGCAAAAGAGUUCUAAAGUCAAAAGGAAGGUGUGCUUAAUUCACAAAAUGACCAAAUCUGGACCUACAAAAACCAACCAAGCCGGCGCCUUACCAGCUGAGCCCCGUAGACGGAGGAUGGCGUCGCUUAAUGCUGAGGCUGUCAACAGCUUGCUGCUCUACAGAGAUGCCUCCCUCGUGGCAAAUCUCGCCAAGAAAGGCCAAGAAGGUCAAAGUACAGAUCUUCCUGAAACCAAAAAGGAUUCUUUGGGAGAGAAAUCAGCACUUAAAACCAGACCCAAAAAGCAAUCGUCCACUCAGGCUCAAGAAAUUGACUGGUUGAGUUUGUUGGCUCCGACUCCGCGGCGUCAGGCAGGCCUCACCGCCGCAACGCUCCUCAAGCUCACCAGUGCCCAGUAUGGACCCAAACGGCACAAGAAGUUGGAGUCGAAGCCAGGGGGGAAAAAUGAACUUGCCGCAGGAGACGGCCUGAACGAUAAUACCGCACGUGCGGAAAAAAGCCAGACCAAAAGACGAACACAUCCCAAACGUGAGGAGCAACUAAAGCACAGACAACAGGGCACAAAAGAGCAGGUCCAGCAGAGCGCCACUGUCGGCUGCUGCGGCGUGUGCAAGACGGAGGUUCUGGAUCAGGAGUGGAAGAUUGCCGCAGGCGGACAGGGCUGUCUCAAACACUCAUUCCAUUGUGGAUCCUCUCAGGGCUUCUCCUUUCAGAAGAUCAAAGAGGAGCAGGUGGAGACGGAGGUGUCCUCCUGCUACUGCUGCUCCCAGGAGCGCUGUGUGGAGUACUGUCACAGGAUGGCCCUCUUCCUGGACGACAAGACCUUCAAGGAAAAAGAGGAGGGCUCCGUCUCUGAAGUCUUUCACCACCAUCACCACCACCAUCAUCACCAUCACCACCACCACCUUCAGUCCCCCCAUUCCGUAGCCCAUCCAGCAGCCAUAACCAUCAACCCACAUGCCUACACCUGUUUCCCAAGCUACUACGUCCACUUCAGUCACCCAGACGCCCCGCCCUCCACCAUACCGCCCCUCGCUCUAUGUCCAAGGAGCAGCAAGAGGCCCAAGCUGCUGCCUGACACAGGAACACCGCCUUCAGGGAUCGGCCAUCCGGUGUACUGCUGCGCCUCAAUGGAGCCGUGCUACGGAGAGCCCUGCAGGGUCAAAGGCUACUCCACGUAUUCCAGUGUAAUUCCAGCCAUUACCAGAGGGGGGUGCCCCUUCAGCCCUGGGGACUGCACCAAAUGUAGUGGUGGCUUAAAAACAGAUGAAUACCCAUCAGCCAUCAGUGACCACCACGGCCCCUCUUCUGUCCCCAUCUGUCCAAACCCCAGAAUCCUCACCGGCUGCCCCAUUCCCGCCGUGCCUCCUGCUGGCCAGUCGGUGCCCCACAUUCAAACCCCCUUGUCCGACCCAAGCCAACCGCAGCCUCCGCUGCAUGUGGCCAAGGAGUGUCCGCAGAGUGCCAAAACGCCCAGCGGCUCCAGGUCUGGUGCGCGGGGCAGCUCCUCUGUGAACAGGGACAAGAAGCAGAAGCUCAGCUCCCCCAGCGUUGCGGGGCAGACAGUUGGCAAGCAGCCCAAGGGUACCCGCCCCAAAUCGACCAAUGGCUGGAGGUCAGUUGGCGUGCCCUUCGAGAGGGAGGUUUUCACUGUGGGAGAGGAGUCUCCAGUGCUGAGAAAGUGUUUUGAAGGAAUCCGCAGGAAAGGGGAUCUGAUCCGGGUCAGAGACACUGUUCUGCUAAAGUCUGGACCUAGAAAGAAGUCUCUGCCUUACGUGGCAAAGGUUUCAGCUCUGUGGGAGGAGCCAGAGUCAGGGGAGCUGAUGAUGAGCCUCUUUUGGUAUUACCGUCCAGAACACACGCAGGGAGGACGCAACCCGAGAUUACAUUGUGAGAAUGAGAUCUUUGCAUCUCGCCAUCAAGACGUAAACAGUGUGGCCUGUAUUGAAGACAAAUGCUAUGUCCUAACAUUGGCACAGUAUUGUCGAUUUUGUGCCUUGGUAAAACGCCGUAGGGAGGGCGUAGGCGAGAGCCCCGCCUCCCUUGUGGUGCCACCCGUCGUUGGAAAUGCCAUUGCCACCCACCACUGUGUGCCCGAUGACGUCGACCCAGACCUGGUGUUCUUCUGUCGACAUGUUUAUGACUUCCGCUACGGACGCCUUCUCAAAAACUUGCAGUAAUGUUUAACAGACAGCAAUCACGUUGCAUCGCAUGAAAUGCCGUCACUUUGGUACCCUCAUCCACUUACUAUACUCAGCAAAGUGUGAAAGGAGCUUCUUUUUGCUUUGAGAUCCUGCAUUUAUUCUUACAUGUCACAAAUGUGUUAUUUAAUGGUCUGACAUAAUGUUAAAAGCGUUAAAAUGGCAGUGUCUUUAUCAUACACGGUUCCGCUGUUGUGGCAGCUGAGUGAAGAACCUGCUGUAGAAAAUUGCUGCUGUAGCUCGUAGAAAUGUGAGAAUCGAUAGAACUGCAGUUGAUGUUACCUGUGAGUAAUGCUGUUGUCUGCCUGACGGAAAACAGACGUAGGUUUCUCAGUAAUAUGGUGGAGGUAAUGAAAAUGUGAGGCACGUCAUGCUACACUGGCUCUUAUGGGGAGAGGAGUUGAAAGAAGAAAAAAUCUCAGUACAGCUCAUUAGCAUCGUUAGCAUUUCUGUUAUUUUCAAAGCUAAAUGACAGAGUUGAUCUUAAUUUGCUACAACUAGCUGAUAAUGAAUGAAAUGCAACUAAUAUUAGUGUUUUUAUUUUAGUACAUUGACAUUAUUCCUCUUUACAGUUGAUGUGAAGUUAGUCUCCUGCUACCUAACAAGCUCCCGAUAGCCUAGCAUAAAUUAGCCUAAAGAGAAGGCCUUUAAGCUAAUGUUUUUGUUAGCUCGCUUAAACAAUUUACUGUAAAAGAUGACAUUUUUAAGGGACAUUCACACUGAAACAGUUUCAUUUUAAGACCUUUAAAAUGUUAGCAUGUAACACACUCUCAUUCGGAUCUUUCAGUGAAGCUGCAGGUUGAAAAUGGCGGUUCAGUAUUAACUUGGGGUAAAAAAACCUCAAAUUUUACCUGCUGUUUUUUCACUUCUCAAUUGCUUUACAAUACUCUUUUCCUAUCAUUUUACAAACAUCCCAUCAUUAAACUCUUGAAUCAACCACUUUUUUAAAGAUAAAAACAGCAGUUUGUUUUCUCCUUAUAAUGUGCAAAAUGGGAAUGUUUUUUAAUCCUUUAGAAAUAAUCAUUGUAGUAAAGUAAGACAAGUUUUUAGAUUGUUGAUCAUAAAUAUUUACCACAUUCUAAUUAAAAUCCUAACUUUGGGCUUGGAGUUGUAACAUAAAGUCUAAAAUCUAUUUCUGAAAGCUUCUUAGCCUUACUUUAUUUUUAUUUUUUUUAGUUUAUGUGAACAGAAAACCAACCACUCCCUUUUGUAUGAAAGGGGUUUUAAGAUGAAACUGCUGUACGGUGGAUGCUUCCCAAACAAAACAACAGAAAAACAAACAGUUCUCUUCAUAUUUUCUUUUGUGAUAGAUGCAGAGGUCGUUUCAGUUUAUCCUAAAUAGAGUCAAAUGAGUUAAUAAUUUUUAUUAAAUUAACUUUCUAUCUCAUGACCACUGAUUUAAUCUGUUGAUAGCAAAUGCCUGAUGUGCGGAAGGGUUUUUGUUCGAUGACUUUCUUGGAGAAAAUCCAAUUUCCUGUCACAUUUACAACUUUAAAAUGCACCUCAGCAUGGAUUUAUUUAAUGAACAUGCACUUCAGAAGGAAAAAAAGCACACACAGCAUCGAGAGGGUUCUGACAAAUAUACUUAUUGUUGAAGCUGUUCACUAGAGGUAUGAUUUUUGUCAUGAUCUUGUACAUUUGCAUUUAAAUACUGGUUUGGUGUCAGACGGCCUCAGGUAGAUGGCGUUGCUUAGCCACUUGUGUGCUUAUUUCUUCACUGACGAGCUGGUGGAGUAAUGUAUUCGCUGUAGCAUUUAGAUCUGUGAUGACUUGUUCCUACGUUUGAGAAAAGAUGCAUAUUUAUUUCUGUACUGAAAACGUAUAAUUUAUUUUCAAGAGAUGAUGUUAAAGAAUAGAGUUUAAGAGGAGUAGCUUUCAUUCCUAUAAUUAAAUUAAAAAAGGAACAUUUUCUCUGCUUAGUUGCAAUGUCAGGGAUGAAAAGUGAGUCUUUGAGUUGCUUCCCGUACAAAAGUCCAUUAAAUGUCACGUCGGGAUGCAAAUUUGAGGACAUCUGUACAAUUCUGAAGGACAAGUGUAAACGUAGAUUCUUCAUCUGCAGGACCAAAAUUUCCUUUGGCUUCUCUGUGCUUCCUUUCAUCCUUUUUUCAUGUAUAUUUAGAUACAAAAAAGCAGGUUUUGUCUCUUUAUUUUGUCAGAAAUGAUUAUUUUAAAGGAUUUAAACCAUUAGCCUGUGACCUUGAUCCUUCUGCCUUAUUCACAGUCUUUCAUUUAGGGAGCAUGUAGUGAUCCUGUACUUUGCCUGGGGUUACAAAGCUUAUCAAAGCAGCACUCUGUCCCGAUCCCAAAGGCUUUUUGGGGGUCCGAGCGUUUUUUUUCCUAUGCGUGACAAAUGACAACACUCCUUACGUUUUUUGUUUUUUUUUUACUUUGAAAAAUCAUGUUGCUUAUUUUAAAACAAGCCAACAAGUAAGACAGACAAGAAUUAGAGGGCAUUUUUGCUGAUUUGGAACCAAAUUGAGACUCAUCAGCUUGAAGUUUGCCUAAAAACUUGUUUGAAUUUGUCAGGAAUUGAGUAUUUUUGACACGGCAGCCGUUUCAUUUUUGUCUAAAAGUUAUGAAUUACACAUGCACAAGAAGUAUAAUAAUCCUUUCUUAGCCUUUGGCUUUCCCUGGAUAGACAUGUCACAACAAAUCAUGUUUUUCGAAGGUCGGGGAAGAGCCUGUGAUUUCUUUUUUUAGACAAUGGAAACAGCAAAAUAUAUUUAGUUUAUUGUCGUGGUUUUUCUUUUUCUUUAUGCAACCCCACCAAAGCAAAAAAAAUAAAGUUCCAAGAGCCCACCCUUAUGUGGUAGAGACCUGCACACACCACACUUACUAUGGCCUUAGUAACCCCCCCCUCUCAAAUAAUAUUUAAUCAAGAUACAGUAUGUAAUACUUAUGUCUUAAAUGGUCCUCUGUGCCUGUUCUCAUUUACCAUACUUUUUCCAAGAGUUUUCCAUCAAACGAAGGAUAACUAGUUUGUGUAUUUUCUUGAAUACUUUUUGUUUUGUUUGUUCUUGAAAUCUAAAAACCACGAACAUUUGCACCCAAAAAACUCAGAAAUCUUGAAUCAUUGUUGAAAAAUUUCAUUCCCAGGUGUACAAAAAACCUGAACCAACGUUGGCUCUUUUUAUGUGAAUUUAUAAUUUUAUUCUUUGCAUGGAUCUUUUUGAAACUAUCUUGGAAAUAUUAAUCACAGCACAGAUUAUUUGUAUGGUUUCGAAUGGACCUCUGUAACAUAAGAAAAUAUUUAAUUGUAAUAAAUAAUAUAUGAGUUUGAACAUA